UCUCAGCUACCCUUCUCUUAUGCUCUUGUAAUCAUCACUCUCUCGUUCUGCUUGACAUCACUGGCUGCAACUGCAGAUGAUUGGAGAACUCGAUCCAUAUACCAGGAAAAUAGAUUUGCGCUCUAUGGCAAGGAUAAUGGCAUUGCUCCUACUGUCCCAUGUGAUACGACUGCCCGUGAAUACUGUGGUGGCUCGUGGAGAGGCGCCAUUGACCAUUUGGACUACAUCAAGCAGAUGGGCUUCGAUGCGGUUUGGAUAUCUCCGGUCUUCUCCAACAUUGAAGGCAUGACCCCUUACGGUGCAGGUUAUCACGGCUACUGGCCUCAAGACCUUUACUCCAUUAAUCAGCAUUUCGGCUCUGCGGACGAUCUCAAGAAUCUCAGCUCUGCUUUGCAUGAGCGACAUAUGUUCCUCAUGCUCGACAUUGUCGUUAACCACAUGCUUACAACGCUACCUCUGAACAAUGGCUCGGCAACGGAUAUGACGCCUUUCGCAGAUACGGAUGACUUUCAUCCACUAUGUUUUAUCACGGACUACAACAAUCAGACCGAUGUUGAACAAUGUUGGUUAGGCGACGCCACACUACCGUAUGCAGACGUGGAUACGGAGAAUCCGAGCGUCGUGGGCACACUCCACAGCUGGAUUCAAGAUGUUGUGUCUAACUUUAGAGUGGACGGUCUAAGGCUCAGCACUGUCAAUUUCGUUUCUCCGCAGUUUUGGCAGGAUUUCACGCGAGAAGCAGGAGUGUUUACUAUCGGAGAGGUCUUGUCGAACGAUGUCAAAUACACCAGCGAUUACACUCACGUCAUGGAUGCGGUGCUCGAUUAUCCAACAUGGAAUGCCCUUGUACCAGCAUUGCAGUCCCCAGAGGGAAAUCUCUCUGCCUUAACCACCGUCGUAAAGGAGUCGCAGCAGCUUUACGCAAGCAGUACAUUCAUGACGGGUUCCUUCCUAGAUAACCACGACCAAGCGAGAUUCAAACAUCUAGUCUCAGACGCUGCCCUUGCGGCUAAUGCAGCAGUUUGGCCUUUUAUACAUGAUGGCAUCCCAAUUAUAUACAAUGGUCAAGAACAGGGUCUUGCUGGAGGAGACCCACCAGCAAACCAUGAAGCUAUCUGGACGACGAGAUACAGCAAUGAAAGUGCCGAGUACCUUGCGUUCAAGAACCUGAAUCGUGCUCGCAAAAUUGCAAUGGCUGCCAACACCUACUUUCUGAUAACACCGAUGGAGUUCCUCGAAACCAAUACCAAUAACACGCUCGCAAUAUGGAAACCUCCAAUGCUCACCCUUCUCACGAACGCAGGUUCUACCUCAGCGCGUUGGAACGUCACGCACAAAAUUUUCAGGCCUCACCAGCAUAUCGUUGAUGUGUUGACGUGUGUCGUUCAUGUGGCGGAUGAAAGCGGCGGCGUGACUGUGGGGAGCCCCGCGGGGCUGCCAAAGGUAUUCAUGCCAGUUGCAACACUGGAAAAUAGUCCCGACUUAUGUCCUGCGAGUGACCUGAGUGGGGAAUCAGUAACUCGGACUCUCUCGCGGUGGAUGGCAGCAUACAUCAUUGCAUGUGUCAUCCUCCUCCUAUGACCCGUGGCCUACAAUUCAUCACUUGUGAUUGGUAAUUGCUCUACGCUCACUACCCUCAUUUUAUAAGCAACUCUAGAAUUCUUGCUACAAUACUUAUCACCGGGCAUAGCGCAUGUCCAUACUACUUAGACUAAGUAAAUAAUCACGGAC